AUGCCGCAGGCCGUGGCUCCCAAGCGCAAGGGCAUUGCCCUGGACUUCGACUUGGUGGAGAACCCUGCGCCUGUCUAUCUGGACACGAAGAAGAAUGCCAGCCGCGAGCACAGAGCGAACAUUAAGGACUACAACAACAUGCUCAUCAACGAGGUCCGUGCCAAGAACGACAUGCACCCUCGGCAUUGGACCGGCAAUGGCUUCGCUGGGCAUGUUCAGUAUGUUCCCUACAUCGGGACUGAUCCCCUUCGACCGGGAGUGAAGUUCGAGCGGGACAUGCAGAUUUCCACGAUGCCCAUGGAAAAUGGGAAGCCCCUCAACAUCUCACAGAUGACUCGGUCAGCUAGCAUGGUGAAGUUCGUGAGUGGCGUGGACGAUCGGGAGCGCCAGGCGCAUGACGCUGCCAUGACCGCAGCCCGUGAGCUUCGUGCCGUGGCGUGCAAUAUGCAUCGCGAGGAAGAUGGGCAUAACCACUACCGGAACCAAGUGGAGCUCAACCAGCAACGCCAGGACCGGAUUCGGAAGGUCGCCGAGGUCCUCCCCGGCCUCCGAGCCGCAGGCGUCGCCAGCAUCAACCCAAGGAUGGGCACCUGUGGUAGCCUGCCAGAUCUCACUACACUGCGUGGGAGAGCUGGUGUCAACGACUGGAGGACAUCGACUCCCUGGGCUCAUGGCGGCGCUUGGGCACCUGAGUCGCUGUCACAUAACUGA